AUGGAAGCUGAGAGAGUUGUUACCAUCAACGCACGAUCCCGCCAUGGCCUCCUCCGUAAAAUUAAGUCCGUCCAGAUCGACCUCAACCUCCUGUCCUCCAUGUUCCACAUGCGUCAAGACAACGCCGCUCGCUCCCUGGGAGUGUCGCUGACCAGCCUGAAGAUCGCAUGCAGGAGGCUGGGGCUGAGCCGCUGGCCUUACAACGGGGGAGUGCGGGCGGAAGGGAGCGGGAGCGGAAGGGGGGAGGGCAGCGCAGGAGAAGGGGGUGCGGGGAGGAGGGAGGAGGAGGCCGUGGAGGACGAGGAGGAAGGAGGGGAGGAAGACAUCAUCGAGGGUUGUUGCACAACAACAGAUCAUGACGGCAAUGAAUCCGAUGAUGUUUCAGACCUGAGCGUCAAAACUGUCGAUGCGACAUCAGAAACUGUCUUGGGUCCUGUGUUAGGUGUGGCCUUAGAAGACCAAGACAGCAGUGUGAGCGAUCAUGGGAGCGAUCAUAGGUCUUCGAAGUACAUGGACGUAGGAGAUGUGCAAGUGAACGUUCAGUGGCUUGGUUGGUAUAUGAACUGUGACGAUACUAGUCCCGUGUUUCAAUAA